GAGCGAGGUGACGUAUCGAGCGUUCCUUCCUACGUAAACGCAAGGCAGGGGUGGCGGUUCGAGGGUGGUGAAUAGUGUUACUUGCUAGGCGGAGAAGGUUCAAGGAAGAAAGAUCUAAGAAGGGAUCGGGACUGGCGGGAGAUAGUUAACUGAAAAGAAUCUGCUCCACUGUUGCAACCAGACCAGAUGCCUUCUUCCACUUCACCAGACCAAGGAGAGGACCUGGAGACCUGUGUUUUAAGAUUUUCAGACCUGGAUUUGAAAGACACAAGUCUCGUCAAUCCCAGUAGCAGUCUCAAAGCAGAGCUAGAUGUCAAUAUAAAGAAGAAAUACUCAUUCGCAAAGAAAAAGGCAUUUGCCCUUUUUGUCAAAACCAAAGAAGUUCCAGCAUCUUCUUUUGAAUGUAAAGAAAAAUGGUGGAAAUGCUGUCAGCAGCUCUUCACAGCCCAGACCAGCAUCCAUAGACAUGUGGCAACACAACAUGCUGAUGAGAUUUGCCACCAGACUGCUUCUAUUUUAAAGCAACUGACAGUGACAUUGAGCUCCUCAAAGAGUCUUAAGUCUGCAAACAAAAGGAAUCCCCUAAUAGAGUACCUCACUCGAAACCAUGACAUGUCUGCUUGGCUCCCUGAUAUAAGCUGCUUUAGCCCUGAUGAGCUGAUAAGUGGCCAGGACAGUGACAAAGGAGAAGUGCUACUUUAUUACUGCUACCGGGACCUGGAGGACCCCCACUGGGUCUGUGCCUGGCAGACAGCUCUGUGUCAGCACCUGCACCUCACAGGCAAGGUUCGAAUUGCUACAGAAGGAAUCAAUGGGACAGUUGGUGGGAGCAAACUGGCAACGAGACUCUAUGUGGAAGUCAUGCUUUCCUGCCCAUUGUUUAAGGAUUAUCUGUGUAAGGACGAUUUUAAGACCAGCAAAGGAGGAGCUUGCUGUUUUCCAGAAUUGCGUGUUGGUGUAUUUGAAGAAAUUGUGCCUAUGGGGAUCAGUCCCAAUGAGAUCUCCUACAAGAAGCCUGGAAUCCAUUUAUCCCCUGGUGAAUUUCAUAAAGAAGUAGAAAAGUUUUUGUCUCAGGCAAAUCAAGAGCAAAGUGAUACUAUUUUAGUGGACUGCAGAAACUUCUAUGAAAGCAAAAUAGGACGAUUCCAGGGCUGCCUAGCCCCAGACAUCAGGAAAUUCAGUUACUUCCCCAGCUACGUUGACAAAAAUCUAGAACUUUUCAGAGAGAAGAGGGUACUCAUGUAUUGCACUGGGGGCAUCCGUUGUGAGCGGGGUUCAGCCUACCUCAAAGCCAAGGGAGUGUGCAAGGAAGUGUUCCAGCUCAAGGGUGGCAUCCACAAGUACCUGGAAGAGUUUCCUGAUGGUUUUUACAAAGGGAAGUUGUUUGUUUUCGACGAGCGUUACGCCUUGUCUUACAACAGUGACAUAGUGUCAGAAUGUUCAUACUGUGGAGCCCCAUGGGACCAGUAUAAACUCUGCUCCACUCCCCAGUGCCGCCAGCUCGUCUUGACCUGCCCUGCCUGCCAAGGACAGGGAUUCACAGCCUGUUGUGUCACAUGUCAAGAGAAAGGGAACAGGCCAGCUUCAAGCUAUGCCCAGAAUAGCUUUAAGGAGGAAUGUGAGUGUACAGCCCGACGGCCACGCAUACCCAGCGAACUCUCACCGCAGGCACAGCUCCCCGUGAGCCCAGAGCCAAAGCCUGAUGUUGAUGAGGAUGGGCCGUGCUUGUGUGAGCCGCACCGUCAGCAUUCCUCUAAGCCUUCACAAAGCUAGGUGCGGAACGACCCCGUAUUGGAGAAUAUCAAGGCUGCAGCAGCAGAGAAACGGGAGGCCUUAGUGCUGUCCAAUACCACUGUGGCCAACUGGUCACCAUAUUGGCCACCUACGCUUCACAGGAGGAGGGAAAAGGGAGUUGGGUGCUGACCACUUCCCUGACAUGCUGACACAGAAGAUGCUAGAGCGCAGAAAAUGGUGAGCUGUGUGGGAUCCCAAAGCUGCCGAGGGAUAGAGCCGUGAGCCUGGUGGCCAGGUCAUGCCCGCUCUGUGCCAUGCAGCAAGCCUGGUAGUAAUAAUUUUUCUUGUCACCAAACCUGUCUGUUCUGAUGGCCAAAGUGUGAAAGCUGUGGCCCCUGAAUUACACUCCUAGGAACCAGGUCCCUAGGUCACCUGCCAUCCACCCCUCCCUCACCUCGUGUCUGUUAGCCUGAGCGCACUAGACCAGGAUCUGCAGACCCCAGCACUUGGCCCACCUCCUGCUUUUGUAAACAGCGUUUUAGUGGAAUAGCCAUACCUGUUCAUUUACAUAGGAUUUAUGGCAGAAUGAAGUAUUUACAACAGAAACAUUAUGGCCUGCAGAGCCUACGAUAUUUGCUCUCUGGCCCCUUACAGGAAAAAAUUGCCACCUCCUGGUCUAGACAAGCUCAUCUGAUGGAGCAGAUGGUCUUAAAGAUGUGGCCCACCUUCAUUUUUUAUUGAUUUGGUUCUGUGAGAGAUUUCCCCCUACUAAUCUCUACUUCCUCCAACACUCACAACACUCUUAGCUGUUAAGUAUUCUCUUUUUGAGAAAUUCAGAUUAGCUUGAUGACACUGACAUAUGAGCACCUCGGGAUAUAAGACAUUCUGAGUGAAGGUCAUUUCAGCACGCUGCCAUGGCAGUUUCCCAGCCUUCCUUGUCACAUAGGUCCCAAGAAACACAUACGCAGCCAUUCAUAGACCAACAGAUUUAAUAUUAUGUUGCAGUUUCCAGUGAUGCAGAAUAGAGCUGCAAUUUGUGUUUCAAAGAGAAGCCGGUGGGGAUGGCUGUCCCUGCAGCACGGUGCCACUCCUGGGCCCAUGUGCAGCCUCAGGAGACACUCUUUCAUAGUGGUGAGGCCCUGGCUCCACCUCUGGUUACCCUGUACUGUCCACGUCAUCACAGUUCAGUGUGCAAGACUCUUUAUUGUCAAAAGCCUCUGCUCAGUGCUCUGCAGCUUAGUCUGUGCUCAUCAGCUCUUUAGCCUGUCCUUUAUCAUAAGAUUUGCCCAAUCACUCAUGAAAAUAACUCCCUAAGCAACAGAAAUAGUAGCUUAACUGGCACUGUGGUAUAUUAAAAGGCACAAGGGCACUGUGGCUUAACAUUUUUGCUGGACCCCAAGAGGUGCACAUGAUGUUAAAAAAAGGAGGCGGCAGAAAUACCAAAAUUAUGUUUUCAGAAUAAUCAUCUUGGGACGGUUUGGCCAGGGUUUCCUAAUUCUUUAAUAUCUGGAUCUUCACCACUGGCCUCCAGAGGCUUUAACUUUUACAGGCAUGAGGUUAGCAAUGACUUGUCUAAUAGGUGCGACCACAGGUCGUUGAAGUUUGUCAGCAUAACCACGGUGGACGAGAAAUGCAUCCCUCUAAUGUUUGACCUCAUAAGCCGUUAGCCCACGGUGCAACACAGAAAGGUGUUUUCAAGUAUUUGGCCAUAGGUUUUCACAUCCAUCAGAAGGUUGGCAUUCGAUAAGGACAAAAUUCUUUCUGACGCCGGUAUUGAUUAUAAUUAAAUCCCAGCUGUUCAUAAGGAACACUCAGGGAGAUGUCUGGUGCCUGGGCUUGGUUUUUGAAACUUGAAAUCUUACCAUUGGCUUUUCUGUCAUUUCCUUAUUUCCAGCAAAAGGACUCUCGUGUUCUAUGAUUCCUGGCAGAGCUCUGUGGCUCCCGUCUUUCUGUCUUUCUCGAGGGGCAUAAUUAUAUUCUUGAUCUGGUAAUCAAUUUGGCAACUUUAAUCUCGAAGUUCUUAAAAUUUAAAGGAGGGUUAAUAAAGAAUUAUGAUCUGUUUGCUAACCAGAUAAGAUCAAAUUUGUAAUAAAUAUUUUAUAAUGCUUCUAAA